GCCAAUUCCUGUACAAGUUGGGAGGGAAGAGUGGCGGAAAAGCGAGCGCAGGACUCACCCAGUCCGGAGAGAGCAAUGCGACCAUCCGCACACAUCACACCGAGUCCCCGGCCCAAAGAGCCUGCAAAUGCAGGCAGGACGCGUGUGCAAGUCUUGUAGCGCUCGUGCAGCCCUGCGUGGGGUGAGGGGCCACUGCCCUGGGUCUCCCUGAGCGACCAUUUUACCCCAAGUUCUUGUCCAUCAAAUGCAAAUGAAACAACGACACCUCGAACUCGCCACGGUCACAUUUGGCCUCGUGACGAGACUCCUGAGCUCUGAGCUGAGAGGGUUAAACCAGGAGACUUCCCUUACCUUGAAAAAGUUAAAAAUGUCCGCAGUCUACAUCUCUUAAAGGGGCGGUGCCGGUUAACAAGGCGUCUUGGCACCGGCUGCUGGAAAGGCUGGUCAGGGGCGUGAGUUCCCCUCCACCAGCACCAAAACAUUGCAAAAAAAGGCAGCGAGCCCCACACUUUAGAUAAGGACAAUUAGCCACCAGCGAGCCCCUGCCGAAAGAGGGGUGUCAUUAGCGGGGUCCCGCAGCUCAGCAUGCCCCAUCCCAGCUCCUGCCCCCCGGGGGUCCUCGCCCUCCUGGCCCCUUGGCUGGCUCUGAUGGCGCACCUCUCCCUUUCCUCCCAAGCCGGGGACAGGAGAGCGGUCCCCGCAGAGAAACCUCCAGGAGUGAAGGGACGGACUCUCAUUCUUCUGGAUGUGAACACCAAGAGCCCUGUCAGGAUAACCAGUGAGAACUUCCUCUCCUUGCAGCUGGACCCGUCCAUCAUCCAUGAUGGCUGGCUCGAUUUCUUAAGCUCCAGGCGCCUGGUGACCCUGGCCCGGGGCCUGGCUCCCGCCUUUCUGCGCUUCGCGGGGAAGAGGACCGAUUUCCUGCAGUUCCAGAACCUGAAGAACCCGGCCAAGAGCCGCGGGGGGCCCGGCCCGGACUAUUACCUCAAGAACUACGAGGACGACAUUGUCCGCAGCGACAUUGCCCUGGACAAGCAGAAAGGCUGUAAGAUUGCCCAGCACCCAGACAUUAUGUUGGAACUGCAGCGAGAAAAGGCAGCUCAGAUGCAUUUGGUUUUGUUAAAGGAGCAGUUCUCAAACACAUACAGCAACCUCACGUUAACAGCCAGGUCUCUAGACAAACUCUAUAACUUCGCCGACUGCUCUGGCCUCCACCUGAUCUUUGCGCUGAAUGCCCUGCGCCGAAAUCCAAAUAACUCCUGGAACAGCUCCAAUGCGCUCAGCCUGCUGAAGUACAGUGCCAGCAAGAAAUACAACAUCUCCUGGGAGCUGGGCAACGAGCCCAACAACUAUCGGACGCUGACUGGCCGUGCCGUGAAUGGCAGUCAGUUGGGGAAGGACUAUACCCAGCUGAAGAGUCUGCUGCAGCUUAUCCGCACCUACGCCAGAGCCAGCCUCUAUGGGCCCAACAUUGGGCGGCCCCGAAAGAACGUCAUCGCUCUCCUGGAGGGGUUCAUGAAGGUGGCUGGCCGCACCGUGGAUGCUGUUACCUGGCAACAUUACUACAUUGAUGGCCGAGUGGCCAAAGUGACGGACUUCCUGAAAACACGCCUGUUAGACACGCUCUCUGACCAGAUCAGGAAAAUCCAGAAAGUGGUAAAUACCUAUGCACCUGGGAAGAAGAUCUGGCUUGAAGGUAUCGGAGCCACCUCAGCUGGAGGCACGAACAAUCUCUCGGAUUCAUACGCUGCUGGAUUCCUGUGGCUGAACACCUUGGGCAUGUUGGCCAACCAGGGCAUUGAGGUGGUGAUGCGACACUCGUUCUUUGACCAUGGACAUAAUCACCUUGUGGACCAGAACUUUAACCCUUUGCCGGCCACUGCCGAGCCGGGCUUGUCAGAUAAGAGUGCUGGUGCGUCAGGCUUUGCAGCCCCUCGGAUGCUGGACUGAACUGAUCCUUUUACAACAGGGCUCCUUUGCCCCUCUUCUGUGCUGUUCUCAGGAGCUGGGCUUCCCUUUGAAAUCCAGGGAUGAGAUAGUGAUGGGAACUGUCUGACCAUUCACCUGUCAUUCUCCAGAGUAUCAAAUACAGAAUCUUCUGCUCUGGGCAGGCGAAAUAUUCUUAGUGCAAUUGACACAAGGGAACGGAUCAGGACGCUCAGAAGCGAAUGUUCUCACACACAGGUCAGCCACACUGCGCAUUCUGCCUGUCACAUCAUGUAACAUUUAUUAGCAUAAACAGGCAUUUCAAACAUGGCACAGGAAACCUCUCUGGGGGCUCUGAGCACCUCUGGCCUGCUUGGCAUAGCUGUGGGAAUCUUAACUUCUGACUUUCCUGACCGGUUUGCUUGUAUUUCAACUCUCCUCCAUGCUGCUGUGUUACUGUAAUGUUCUCAGAAAAGACAAAUGAAAAGGGCGUGUACAGCUCCCCUUCUGCCCGAUGAGUUUUGCCAGCAUGGGCCUGUGCAGUUAAAUCAGCAAGGAAAAUCUCUCCUGUGGGUAUGGGCCUGGUAAAGAAACCCACUCCUUCCCUGGCCAGGCUGGCUGCGGUGGAUCAGUAAAGUGUGUGUGGGAAAUGCUCCUGCACUGUCAGCAUCUCUCCAACGUGGAGAGGUCCCGGUGUUUGCUCGGGUCUAGCUGCUCACCCAGCACAAAGUUCUAAACCCAGGCUGCGUCUCAGGGAAGGGCAGAAAGAAAUCAGAGGAAUGAUUGGAAGUGGAAGGUGCAUUAUUUUCCACUCACCAAACUCCAGUGGCUGGACAGAGCCAUCUGCUUUUUCAGAAAAUCACCUUGGGGUGCAGCCAGGCCUGAGAAUCUCCCAGCCCGAGGGGUUUCCUGAGAAAGUGAGAAGCCCCCAAGAGCAGAGGUUUGACCUGAUCACCCACCUGGAUUACAGCAGCGUGACCUGUAGCCCUCCAGUGUUCUUGGACAGCGACUGUUCUGCCCUGGGGGUGCUGCUUCCCCGUCUUGCCGGGGAAGGUCGUCUGAUGCCGGGCUGUCCUGCAGAUGAGACCGUCAUGUUUCAGGUUCUUCUGACACUUCCGAACGUGCUUCAAUGUACACCUGUGAGUAGUCCCAGAAGUUAAGUCGCUCUGAAAUGCUUUGCUGGCUGGGGGCUCCAGGGCUCCGUUUCUGGGAGUGGCUUGUGGUGGUGAAGCAGUGGUGCUAGGUGUGCAGCAUUAGACGCCCGGCGGUUGGUUCUGCAGAGACCACACAGGAGUCUCGAAGUGCCUCUGAUACUGACGUGGGAAAGCAGCUUUUGGCCACUGUCAAGGGUCAGCCCUGCCCCCUGGAGAAACCAGUGGGAUGAGGGUGACUUUGUCCUCCACCACCACCGCACAGCACGUCCGGCCUGGAGGGCCAUGCUGAGCGUUCUGUACUGUUCUGUAGCGGGGAUGUCGGUGGCUGUCGUCCUUUGCUAAGGAAAUCGGUUUGUCUCGCACACCUCGCAAAGGACACGUCCUUUGCCGUAUGCACGUGAUUGGGCUCCGUCUCAGCAACGGCUAACGGUUGGGGCGCUCUGGCCUGUGUAAUCCGGGAGGUCAGGCCAGAUGGGGUAAUGACUCUGUAAUCCUGUGCGACCCUGGGUGGGUGCUGGGCAUGAAAGUGGAGGGUUUUCCUGUCUAUGUAACAUGGGGGAUGCGACAGGAACAUCAGACUUCAGGGUAAAAACCCAUGUAGCUAGAGUAGCCCAGAGCCCAGGAGACACUGGUGCGUAAACUUGCAUUUACAUCUCCGGUUAGUUGUGGCUGUGAUCUUCUCCUGCCAGACCCAGGCUAGGUCUACACUACCCGCCUGAAUCGGCGGGUAGAAAUCGACCUCUCGGGGAUCGAUUUAUCGCGUCCCGUCGGGACGUGACAAUCAAUCCC